GUCCUGCCAUCCCGAGGGACUCCGGGGUCAGGUGGAGCAGGCAGGGCAGUCUGCCCCAGGCUCCCCAACUGAAGCCACUCUGGCAGGGUCAGGCCACCAGAAAAUUUGCCCAGCUUUGCUGCCUGUUGGCUAUGGGUGACCUCUCAUUUUUGAGCCCCGGAGGGUCCACGGGUCUCCAAGUAAACAGGGGCUCCCAGAACUCCCUGGAGGGGGCUCCUGCCACUGCCCUGGAGCCUCACAGCCUGGGCAUCCUCCAUGCCUCCUACAGUGUCAGCCACCGCGUGAGGCCCUGGUGGGACAUCACAUCUUGCCGGCAGCAGUGGACCAGGCAGAUCCUCAAAGAUGUCUCCUUGUACGUGGAGAGCGGGCAGAUUAUGUGCAUCCUAGGAAGCUCAGGCUCCGGGAAAACCACGCUGCUGGACGCCAUGUCCGGGAGGCUGCGGCGCACGGGGACCUUCCUGGGGGAGGUGUAUGUGAACGGCCGGACGCUGCGCCGGGAGCAGUUCCAGGACUGCUUCUCCUACGUCCUGCAGAGCGACACCCUGCUGAGCAGCCUCACCGUGCGCGAGACGCUGCGCUACACCGCGCUGCUGGCCAUCCGCCGCGGCAACCCCGGCUUCUUCCAGCAGAAGGUGGAGGCCAUCAUGGCAGAGCUGAGUCUGAGUCAUGUGGCAGACCGACUGAUUGGCAACUACAACUUGGGGGGCAUUUCCACUGGUGAGCGGCGCCGGGUCUCCAUCGCAGCCCAGCUGCUCCAGGAUCCCAAGGUCAUGCUGUUUGAUGAGCCGACCACAGGCCUGGACUGCAUGACUGCUAAUCAGAUUGUCAUCCUCCUGGUGGAACUGGCUCGCAGGAACCGAAUUGUGGUUCUCACCAUUCACCAGCCCCGUUCUGAGCUUUUUCAGCUCUUUGACAAAAUUGCCAUCCUGAGCUUCGGAGAGCUGAUUUUCUGUGGCACACCAGUGGAAAUGCUUGAUUUCUUCAGUGACUGCGGUUACCCUUGUCCUGAACAUUCAAACCCUUUUGACUUCUAUAUGGACCUGACGUCAGUGGAUACCCAAAGCAAGGAAAGGGAAAUAGAAACCUACAAGAGAGUCCAGAUGAUAGAAUCUGCCUACAAGAAAUCAGCAAUUUGUCAUAAAACUUUGGAGAAUAUUGAAAGAACGAAACACCUGAAAACAUUACCGAUGGUUCCUUUCAAAACCAAAGAUUCUCCCGGAGUUUUCUCCAAACUGGGCGUUCUCCUGAGGAGAGUGACAAGAAACUUGGUGAGAAAUAAGCUGGCAGUGAUGAUGCGUCUCCUUCAGAAUCUGACCAUGGGUUUGUUCCUCCUCUUCUUCGUUCUGCGGGUCCAGAACAAUGUGCUAAAUGGUGCUAUCCAGGACCGCGUGGGUCUCCUUUACAUGUUUGUGGGCUCCACCCCGUACACAGGCAUGCUCAACGCUGUGAAUCUGUUUCCUGUGCUGCGAGCUGUCAGCGACCAGGAGAGUCAGGAUGGCGUCUACCAGAAGUGGCAGAUGCUGCUGGCCUACGUGCUGCACGUCCUCCCCUUCAGUGUCAUUGCCACGAUGAUUUUCAGCAGUGUGUGCUACUGGACGCUGGGCUUACAUCCUGAGGUUGCCAGAUUUGGAUAUUUCUCUGCUGCUCUCUUGGCCCCCCACUUAAUUGGUGAAUUUCUAACUCUUGUGCUACUUGGUAUCAUCCAAAAUCCAAAUAUAGUCAACAGUGUAGUGGCUCUGCUGUCCAUUGCGGGGGUGCUUAUUGGAUCUGGAUUCGUCAGGUUAGUUCUAACUUUCUACACUGGUACCUUCAACUUUCUGUGUAAUCACAAAUCUCCUCCUCCAAUUGAAACAUACAAGAAAUGCCCAUUCCUUUUAAAAUCAUCAGUUAUUUUACAUUCCAAAAAUAUUGCAGUGAGAUUCUUUUAGUCAAUGAGUUCUACGGACUGAAUUUCACUUGUGGCAGCUCAAAUGUUUCUGUGAUGACUAAUCCAAUGUGUGCCUUCACUCAAGGAAUUCAAUUCAUUGAGGAAACCAGCCCAGGUGCAACAUCUAGAUUCACAAUGAACUUUCUGAUUUUGUAUUCAUUUAUUCCAGCUCUUGUCAUCCUAGGAAUAGUUGUUUUCAAAAUAAGGGAUCAUCUCAUUAGCAGAUAGUGAAAACCAUGGCUGGGAAAAUGGAAGUGAAGCUGCUGACUGUGCAUGACUGCUCUGAAUGUCUGAAAUGAGAGUGCCAUGUAUUUCUUUCUUGAUAGGACAUCUCAGGUCUUUUAACCAUUAAGACUCUAUUUGUGCCUCUUGGAUCCAUGCAGGCCUUGAAUGCAAUGGAAGUGGUUCAUAGUCCCUUCCUGUUACAACUUGCAGGGACAUGUGGUAUUUGGAAAUUGUGACUGAGCUGGCCCAAGAAUUAAAUAAUAGUCAUUCAUAAAGCUAUGGGAGACUCGUGUGACUAUUUUUUUCCUUGUUCUAGGCACAGAAAAAAAUAGGUCAUCUUAAAAAUAUGUUUACAUUUGAUAAAGGAUUAGGCAAAAGUAAAAGGCUUGAUGGAUUACUGACUGUAAGUGACAGAAAAAAAGAGUUGUGGGUUUAGAUGAAGCAAGGUUAUCAUGCAGAAUUGGGUAAGAAUGCUUCUGUUCCUGGAAGACCCAGAGUUAAAAGACCCCUCCACACGAGGGGUCGGAGUUACCUGAUCACAUCGAGAGAAUGCUGGGCAGAUGAAUGGCGAGCAACACUGCUACAGAGCACCCAGUAAUUUUACUGAGGAUUCAAAUAAAAAACUGUAGGAAUGGGCUCAACAGUGAACAAAGCACACCAGACAAACCUCUGGUUAUGUUUUUAAAGAUUCGUUUGCUACUUUUCACUUUCAGCUGAGUUUACUUAUAGAAUUACAAGUAAACGUUACUGAAGUGUAUACACUGAGAAAUAACCUUGUUAAGUUUGAAGAUCAGCUGUUAAAGUCCAUAUAGAAAAAAUGCUGACAUAGCUAGACAUGGUGUCUCACCUCUGUAAUCCCAGCUGCUCAGGAGGCUGAUGUGGGAGGAUCGCUUGAACCCA